GCAGUGCGGUCAUGGUGGGCACUCCAGAGAGGGACGAUUCUGAGGUCUACUGGCAAGAGGAGGGCCACGCGCUGGCCCCAACCUUAGCUACCUCGAGGUUUAUGACGCAGCACCUUGCGGGGAUGGCUGUCAAGCAGGUCAGACAGGCAGGGGCUCUUAAUGGGUCAUGCGCACGGGUGCCUUUUACCACCAGGCGCUGGAUGACCGAGGCCGUCUGCCUUGGGUAGUAGCGUGCCCACCUGCCCCUUUCUCUCGCUUUCCACGGCUACCGAGGAUCGGCAGCGCCUCUCCGCUCAAGCCCAAGCCGCAGGCGGCCAUGGCGAAGCAAUUCGGGGCUAUCCAGGUGGGCACCUACUUAGAGAUCAAGCGGAGCGACGGGCGGAUCCACCCGGCCCUAGUCACGGCGCUGCACGAAGACAUCAGUAGCGUGACCGUGGAAUGGAUCGAGAAAGGGACGAACAAGGGGAAGAAGGUGGAGCUCAGCCUCGUCUUCUCUCUCAAUCCCCAUUUGGCCCCGGCGACGGCCAGCCCGGAGGCGCCCUCAGCGCCGAUGCCCUCGGAUCAGGGAGAUCAUUCAACCUCGCCCGUGAACUACGUGGUGACCCCCAUCACGAAAGAAAAACCGGGCGGCGACAGCGCGGAUCGGGAGGUCAAAAGGCCUCCCUCGACUGGGACGUCGGGCAAAAUCAGCCCUUGCCCGGUGGCGCGCAAAUCGCCCUGCGUCCUGGAGGUGGAGAGGCUCCGCGAGCGGCGAGAGAAACGCCACCUCGAGCUGCUGGAGAGGCGCGCCCGGCGCGACGCCACUGGCACUCAUCCCCACGCGGCCGUGAUAGCCAUGAUCCGGCAGUACCGCGCCAGCUUGGAGCGCAGCGACUCCGCCUUGCAAGCCCAGGCUUGCCCGCUGGAGGCCAGCCGCGCCCCUGCUGGUGCCCACAAGAUCUGCGUGUGCGUCCGCAAGAGGCCGCUGAACCAGCGGGAGGCGGAGCUGCAGGACGUCGACGUGGUGACCAUCCCUUGCCCGGACGUGGUGAUGGUGCACGAAGCCAAGCAGAAGCUGGACCUGACCCGCUACCUGGAGAACCAGAUUUUCCGUUUCGACCACGCCUUCGACGACAGCGCCACCAACGAAAGUGUCUACAAGCGCACGGCCCAGCCUCUGGUGGAGACCAUCUUCCGUGGCGGCAUGGCCACUUGCUUUGCUUACGGGCAGACGGGCAGCGGCAAGACCCACACGAUGGGGGGUGACUUUUCUGGCAAGAAGCAGGACUCUUCCAAAGGGAUCUAUGCCAUGGCUGCCCGGGACGUCUUCUGCAUGCUGCAGGAGCCCCAUUACAAGCUGCUGGAGCUCCAGGUCUUUGGGGCUUUCUUUGAGAUCUAUUGGGGGAAGGUCUAUGACCUGUUGAACUGGAAGCAUCGCCUGAAAGUGCUAGAGGACAGCAAGCAACAGGUGCAGGUGGUUGGGCUGCUGGAACAGGAAGUGGCCUCUGUGGAGGAUGUCAUGAAACUCAUUGAGAUCGGGAACAGGUGCCGAACGUCUGGUCAGACCUCUGCAAACUCCCAUUCCUCACGGAGCCAUGCUGUUUUCCAGAUCAUCCUCAAGAAGAGAGGGAAACUGUAUGGUAAGUUUUCCCUGAUCGACCUGGCCGGCAAUGAGCGGGGAGCAGAUACCUCCAGGGCAGACAGACAAACCAGACUGGAGGGAGCUGAGAUCAACAAGAGUCUCUUGGCACUUAAGGAAUGCAUUCGGGCCUUAGGGCGCAAUAAAGGCCACACACCCUUCAGAGCUAGUAAGCUGACUCAGGUGUUAAGGGACUCGUUUAUAGGGGAAAACUCCUGCACCUGCAUGAUUGCCACCAUUUCUCCUGGGAUGAAGUCAUGCGAGCACACGCUCAACACACUGCGGUACGCCAACAGGGUGAAAGAACUGGCAGUCGACCCAAAUGCCUUUAAACAAUUCCAGCCCCUCUUGCCCAGAUCCAUCUUUCAGCUGGAUGACUUGUCAAGGCCGUGGUCGAUCCAGAGUUUGCCUGAGACAGAUGAGUUCAAAGUGUUUUGUGUCCAGAAAGAGGACCAAGUCUCUCCGCAGUCAUAUACAUUCAUCGCCAGAGGGAAGAGUCAGAAGAAGAGGAAGGAGAUGGACGAGAAGGCUCUGGUGGAGGACAACCAGGAAUCUCUCAAAUGGCUGAAAGCAUUCCUGAAAAUGGCGGAAGAAGUAGACUAUGACAUGGAAUUUUACGCAGCACAGUUUGAAGCUUUUGUGGCACAAAAGAUUGCCAUUCUGAGAGAGAUUCAGGAUAAAGUGAAAUCUUUCCGUACAAACAUCUGCAAGGAAGAAGUAGGGAACAAUCACAUAAUUGCAAAGAGGUCUCGUGUGCUGUGAAUGGUGAAUUACAUGUCUGUGAAUUGUGAUGAAGGGAGGAUUCCAUUCCACUUUGUCAGGCUACAUAAGCUUGACGACAUAGUGGAUCUACCUUUCCACUGUGUCCAAUUGGAAAGCUUAAAUACUUAAAAAUCAUAUAUUUGUGUGGGUGUCCUGUUUGGUUUGUGUAGUGGAUUCCCCCCCCCCUUCCCAUUGAAUGCCAUCAUUCAAUGGAGGAAAGUCAAAGGAGGAAUGUCUCUUGAGAUGUCUGCAGAUGUUUCCUAUCACAUCCUGAGAUAACAUUCUGUCAGGUUGAGAAAAAAAUCCCUGGGUAUUUGAGUGGUACUUGGAGGGAAAAAGAAGAGGAAAAGUUAGACUAUAAAAUAUGGAUUGUUUCUGUGAAUAGUAUUUCUGAAGAAUGAAGAUUGUUUUAUGCAUAGUGUAUGUGUGAUUUUUACAGAAUUUCCUAGGUGUCCCCCCCCCCAUCAUUCUCAGUUGUAUUCUUAUAUGUAAUUUUAAAAGCAACAAUGGAGAAAACUAGAUCUUUGGUAGAAACUAGUUGAGAGAACAUGACUGUAUGGAAAGGCAGACUAGUAAAAAGCAGGGGGUAGUUGUGUUUUUGAGAUGUGGAAAGGAAAGGAGAGAAGUUUUCUUCUCCAAAGGCUGCUGACAACAAUGUGCCAUCUGAGAACAGUGUGUCUCCUCAAGGCCUAAGACCAGACCUGGACAGCUUGUAACCCAUCAAGCCAAACACCACUCAUCAGUACGUAUUGUGCCUUGCCAGGUGUUUCACGGCUUCCUUUUUCCUGCAGUCCCAGACAGCAGGCUGCCAGACAGGAAGUUUAUCAAACCCCUGGUGGGCCACCAUACAUCGACAGUGGCCUGCCUUUAAUCCAUGUGAACAGCAGCAGCCUAGUUGCUCCAACCCUGACCAGGAGCACCAGAAACACACAAAGGUGUUUCCUGAAGCAUAAUAGGAUGCUAGCAGUUGGUAUAAUGCAGAUCUUGCUUUGGCUUGAUUUCCAAAACACCCAAGAUAAAUGAGAAUCAUUAACGUGUGCAAACAGAAUUCAUUAACUGGACAGUGGAUGAGAAGAGAGCUGGUCUUGUGGUAGCAAGCAUGACUUGUCCCCUUAGCUAAGCAGGGUCUGCCCUGGUUGCAUAUGAAUGGGAGACUAGAAGUGUGAACACUGUAAGAUACUCCCCUUAGGGGAUGGAGCCACUCUGGGAAGAGCAGAAGGUUUCA